UACCUUUUAAAUUAUUGAUUCAUAAUGAUUCAAUUUUUUUUUUUAAAAUUUAGAAAUAUUAUAAUAAACUAAUUUUAGACUAUUAUUUGGUGAUGGCCGUCUCCUCCUAACAAACUUUCGGGUGAUGUUCACUGCUUGGUGUUGACUGAUAACAGUUUGGUGGUCGUGUUUUAGAGAGGGAGUCGAAUGCAAUAUUUAUGGAACAUAUCGAAGCUAAAUAUUCCGCCAAAAACCUAGAAAUGAAUUUCAUCUUGUGUUUAGCUUUUGUUUUCAAUUACUAUUAAUAAAGUUGUAAGAAAAUUUAGAAAUGUAUCUAUUUGAGAUAUUGGUAGAGUUUUAUUAACCAGUUAUUUUAGAGAUGGUUUUUCUUCUCUGUAUACCUUUUCACUAAAUAAUUGGUUUUGAAAAGUAUUUUUAGAGUUUCCAUGCUAGGGAGUCGAAGAAGUAGAAAAAUACAAACACCGUCUAUAUUUAGAUUAUGUAGACAGAAGUGGCCACCGUCGUCUAUUUCUUAUCUAAUGCGUUUUAUAUUAUUUUUGAGUUCUUUCGUGUAUAAUUUUAGAAAGAUUUUUUAUUAAGAUUAUUGAGAUUAAGUUUUCUUUUAAUAUACUAUUACUGUUUUGCAUACAACGUAUAAAUUUCUAUUAAUAAAAAAAAUAAUUUCUAAAAAUAUUAUUACUAUAUAUUUCAACUAUAAUGUAUAAAUAAAAAAAAUUAUUUCUAAAAUACGAGGACCCUAUAAAAAGAAGAAGCAAUAACUUAGGUACCAUACCAUGAGAGAGCUGCAAUCUUGUUCAAUAAUGGUUGAAACACAACAAAAUGAGACCUCACUUUUUUCUCCAUACAACAUGGGCUGCAACUUUAACCUCUCUCACAGGGUGGUUCUUGCGCCCAUGACAAGAUGCAGAGCUAUAAAUGGGAUACCAAUAGAUGCAAUGACUCAGUAUUAUAUGCAGAGAUCAACUCCUGGUGGACUUAUCAUCACUGAAGGCACUCUUAUUUCGCCUACUGCCCUUGGGUAUCCUAAUGUGCCUGGGAUAUACUCAGAUGAGCAAGUGGAAGCAUGGGAGAAAGUGGUGGAUGGUGUUCAUGCUAAAGGAAGCUUCAUUUUCUGCCAGUUGUGGCAUGUGGGUCGUGCAUCGCACCAUGACUAUCAGCCUGAGGGAGCUGCACCAAUAUCAUCAACAAGCAAGCCCAUUUCAGACAAGUUCCAAAUUCUGCUGCCAGAUGGAACUUUCAGUACUCACUCCAAGCCGCGGCCAUUGGAGGUCUCUGAGAUACCAAUGGUGGUCGAUCAUUAUCGACAGGCGGCCUUAAAUGCCAUUCGAGCAGGUUUUGAUGGAGUGGAGAUCCAUGGAGCUUUCGGUUACAUCAUAGACCAAUUCUUGAAAGACGGGAUCAAUGACCGGACAGACAAAUACGGAGGAUCCAUUGAAAACCGAUGCAGAUUCAUGACAGAGAUUGUUGAAGCAGUAGUUUCCGCAGUAGGAAUCCAACGAGUUGGUUUUAAAAUGUCACCAUCAAUUACUUAUAAUGAUGCUAUUGAUUCUGAUCCGCUCAAAUUAGGCCUAGCAAUAAUCGAAAGGCUUAACGAGCUCCAAUCCAAACUCGGCUCCAAACUCGCUUUCCUCCAAGUUCAGACAGAGUAUGGUGAUGAAGACGAUGAGCAAGUUGAGUUGCUGAGAGCUUGGAGAAGGGCAUUUGAUGGAACUUUUAUGGGCAGUGGUGGAUUCACUAGAGAACUUGGGAUGAAAGCUGUUAGCAGUGGCGAUGUCGAUUUGGUGUCUUACGGUCGAUUGUUUGUGGCAAAUCCUGAUUUGGUGUUGAGAUUUAAACUUAAAAGUUAUCUGAAUAAUUAUGACAGAGAAACUUUUUACACAAGUGAUCCUGUUGUUGGGUACAUAGACUACCCUUUUCUGAAUCAAAUUGAUGGGAAGGAUGAGUAAUAAGUUUGAAUCAAAUCUUCUGGAAUCAAGGAUACUUACUUAAGAUGUGCGGGAAAUUCUUAUAUAUAUCGUAAAUAUUACUUCAAAUUGUUGAUGCUACACAUUUGACAUACAUCACUUUGUUUGUAGCAAAAUUCUAGCUAUUGAAUGUACUAAAUUCAUGAAUAAGACUCUUUUUCCCGAUCAAA